AUCGAGGUUGUCAAUAAAAACAAUAGCACGAAAAGAGAUUACAAGCUAGGUCCCCAAGUGAAGUUUGAACACUUUUAUGAAUUUUUCAAGUCAGAAUUGCGUACCAACGAUUUACUUUACGUUAUAGACGAAAAAAUAGCUCCCCCAAAAGAAACAAACGAUCAAAUUAAAGAAAAACAUUUACACAGUGUUAGAGAUAUUCUAAUUAAUCAAAUUGAUCAGACAUAUCACUCUAAGAUUCUAAGUAUUCAAGAUCCUAAACAAAUUCUUAACGUGUUGAAAGAGUUUAAACGAUGCGAGACAAAUUUAACCAGUGUUAGCAUAAGACGACAAUUGUAUUCCAUGGAAUACAAAGUAAACGAGUCUGCGAUGAAAUUCUGGAAUUGGUUCGAAGAGUUGAUACGAAGUUAUGAAAAUAUUCCGGAUUCAACUCCGCUCUCUGACGAGGAAAAACGAGACGCCUUUUAUAAUGCAAUAUUGCCUGUUUUCCCAGAAGUCCAAACACUCGACUUUAUGUUAAAAAAUCAAACGGGUAAAGGACUAACCUACAACGGACUUAAAUCAUUUAUAGUUGAAGCCGAAGCUAAUCGAGCAAAUGCAAUUACUUCAAAGAAGACUGUAUCUGCUUUCUCGGCAGCACGUUCGAAACGAUGGCUGAACGAACGAUGCUACGAAUGCGAUGACUAUGGUCAUCUUCAAAAGGACUGCCCGAGAAAAGGGCGAGGUCUCAAAAAAUGCUAUGAAUGCAACAAAUUUGGCACUCACAAAGCGGCAGAUUGCAUGCAAAGGCUUAACAAGUCAGGUCAAGGAUGCGGAGGAAAACGACGUGAUGAAAAUAGAAGAUAUGAUCAAAGAUUACAUUCCAAUAAUAAACAAUCUUUCAAGCCUCAGAGCCAAAGAAACCAGUUCAGAAAUUACAACAAACAGCGAGGAACAUUUAAUAGAAACAACAGAGGGCGUACGAACGGGGACAAGAGCUUAAACAAAUGGAAUAAAACUAAUCCCAACGGCGGUAACCAGCGUCAACAAUCUCAAACUGGAGCGAACACGGUCCCAAAGGCGAAUUUUGCAUCCCAGGCAAAUGACAAAGAAAACAUGGAGAAAGGAGACUGAGCGGGGAGCGUACAUACAGGAAGAAAAUUUAGUUUAUAGAAAUAUUCAAUAAGUUUAUAAUAUAAUUACGGUAGUUCGCAUUUAACGACAGGAUGUAAAUGCUUUAAUAUUUUAUUUUUAAUUUGUUCUAAAAUUUAUCUUGCGGUUUUUGUUAUGAAUAUUUCUAAUACAAAGUUUGUAUUUAGCCUCGAUUGAAUAAGAAUAAUUUUAAGUUUUAAGAAGUUAUAAGAAGGUAUAAGAAGAUAGGUUGACCUCGGAAGGGAGUGUUGGAAUGAAAACGUUGGCAGCACUGCUCCGUGCAACCUAUCUCUCUCGCCCUGUUUAAGUUUGUCGCCACGAGCGCGCUCUAGUGUUUUUAUGUAGUCAGUACGUUUGUGUGAUCUCAGAGAGAACGACGUGUUAAAUAUACUUUGGAAGAAAGAAGAUUUUGUUCUCUUGUUUUCCUCACCCAACCGAAAUUUCCAACAGAUUCAAUUUAUAUCAUUAAUAUACGAUAGAAAACGAACCGAUUUGCUGCCGUACAGAAGAUGAUAAGUUGUAUGUCGGAAAAUCCUGAUAAGAAACGAUAGAUGUGUCGGUUCGGUUAAGUCGUAUAAAUAUCGACGAGAUGUCUAUCGUUUUAACCUUAUAAAAACAUAUGCAAAGUAGAAGGUUUUCAAACGAUUCAAUUUAUAUCAUUAAUAUACGAUAGAAAACGAACCAAUUUGCUGCCGUACAGAAGAUGAUAAGUUGUAUGUCGGAAAAUCCUGAUAAGAAACGAUAGAUGUAUCGGUUCGGUUAAAUCGUAUAAAUAUCGACGAGAUGUCUAUCGUUUUAACUUUAUACAAACAUAUACAAAGUAGAAGGUUUUCAAACGAUUCAAUUUAUAUCAUUAAUAUAUAUACGAUAGAAAACGAACCGAUUUGCUGCCAUAAAGAAGAUGAUAAGUUGUAUGUCAGAAAAUCCUGAUAAGAAACGA